GGCGGCGGUGGUGGGGGCCGGGACCGGCGGCGGGGUCGGGGUAGCGCGGCGUGGUGCGGCGGGGCGAGCCGCCGGGAUGCCCUACAAGCUAAAGAAGGAGAAGGAGCCUCCGAAGUCUGCUAAAAGCACCACAAAAUCCAGUGGUGGCAGCAGUGGGAAGGAUGGAGGGGCAGAGAAUUCAGAGGAGGUCCAGCAGCAGCAGCAGCAACAGCAAACAACUUCAAAUAAGCGACCCAGUAAUAGUGCCCCCCCACCGACACAGCUGAAUAAGAUCAAGUACUCGGGAGGACCCCAGAUUGUAAAAAAGGAGCGACGACACAGCUCCUCUCGUUUCAAUCUGAGCAAAAACCGGGAGCUACAAAAACUCCCUGCCCUUAAAGAUGCUCCCCCUCAUGAACGAGAAGAGCUGUUCAUACAGAAGCUUCGACAGUGCUGUGUUCUCUUUGACUUCAUCUCUGACCCGCUCAGUGACUUGAAGUUCAAGGAGGUGAAGCGGGCAGGUCUCAAUGAGAUGGUGGAGUACAUCACACACAACCGCGAUGUCAUCACUGAGGCCAUCUACCCUGAAGCUGUCAUCAUGUUUUCAGUGAACCUCUUCCGGACACUGCCCCCUUCAUCCAACCCGACAGGAGCUGAAUUUGAUCCUGAGGAGGACGAACCUACACUAGAGGCUGCCUGGCCACAUCUCCAGCUGGUGUAUGAAUUCUUUCUACGGUUUCUGGAAUCGCCUGAUUUUCAGCCAAAUGUAGCCAAGAAAUAUAUUGACCAGAAGUUUGUUCUGUCAUUACUGGAUUUGUUUGAUAGUGAAGAUCCCAGAGAGCGAGACUUUCUCAAGACCAUUUUGCACAGGAUUUAUGGAAAGUUCCUGGGCCUGCGAGCAUAUGUGAGACGGCAGAUCAACAACAUAUUUUACAGGUUUAUCUAUGAAACGGAGCAUCACAAUGGGAUUGCAGAGCUACUGGAGAUCCUGGGCAGUAUAAUCAAUGGGUUUGCUUUGCCUCUGAAGGAAGAGCACAAGAUGUUCCUCAUUCGGGUGUUGCUACCUUUGCACAAGGUGAAAUCACUGAGCGUCUACCACCCGCAGUUGGCAUACUGUGUGGUGCAGUUUUUGGAAAAGGACAGCAGCCUGACAGAACCAGUAAUUAUGGGCUUGCUGAAGUUCUGGCCAAAAACACAUAGCCCUAAGGAAGUGAUGUUUCUCAAUGAGCUGGAGGAGAUACUAGAUGUGAUUGAGCCCUCUGAAUUUGUAAAAGUUAUGGAGCCCCUCUUCAGGCAGUUGGCCAAGUGCGUCUCCAGCCCACACUUUCAGGUGGCAGAGCGGGCGCUGUACUACUGGAACAAUGAAUACAUCAUGAGUCUGAUCAGUGACAAUGCAGCCAAAAUUCUCCCCAUCAUGUUCCCAGCACUGUACAAGAAUUCCAAGAGUCACUGGAACAAGACCAUUCAUGGGCUGAUCUACAAUGCAUUGAAGCUGUUCAUGGAGAUGAAUCAAAAAUUGUUUGAUGACUGCACACAGCAGUACAAGGCAGAGAAGCAGAAGAUCCUGAGGAAAGGAAGAAUGGAGAGCAGCAGAGUAAGGACCCUGGACUUCAGAAAAGCAGACUUUGACUCGCUCAGGGAACUCGUGGCAGGAUCCCCUGGGAAGCCAGACUGAGGGAGAGAGGAGUCUAGGAGAGCUGGUUGUACUUUCAAGAAGCCUUACUGAAAGUGCAGGAACAAACAAUCCUGAUGUGCAGAAAGACUAGCAAGUAUGGCAGAAGACCAGCUUGGCUUAGCAGGGUACUCUUCAGUAAACUAAAUCACAGAAAACCAAGCUUAAAGAAGUGGAAACUUGAACAAACAACUAGGGAGGAAUAUAUGAGUAUUGCUUGGGCAUGCAGGGAUGAAGCUAGAAAGGCCAAAGCACAGUUGGAGUUGCAGCUAGCAAGGGACGUGAAGGGAAACAAGAAGAGUUUCCUACAAGUAUGUCAGUAACAAGAGAAAGAUCAGGGAAGUGGGUCCAUUUCUGAAUGAAGGAGGCAACCAAAUGACAGAGGAUGCAGAAAAGGCUGAGGUGCUCAAUGCCUUUCUUGCCUCAGUCUUCACAGGCAAGGUCAGCUCCCAGACUACUGUACCUGGCAGCACAGUUUGGGAAGGAGGUGAGCAGCCCUCAGUGGGAAAGAAUAGUUUAGGGACUACUUCAAUUUAUUAAGGAUUCUGGCUGAAAGCCAUGCUCCCAGAAACAACAUACAUUUAUUUAUAUUAUGGUUGUAAGCAAAAAUAACAAAUACAAAUAUAAUAAUAAAAUAGAGCCAACCAUUAUAAAACAUUAGUAUAAAUAUAGUAAUAAACUGGAUCAUGAAUCUAUAAAAAUGUUGUACAUAGAUCCACAGUUGACACAGUAAAAUCAGAUAUAGUGUUAAAAUUUAUCAAUUAUAUCAACAGUAAGGGAUCUUUAAUUGCUUCAACCUUAAGAGCAAAAAUUGCAAGACGGCUUACUAAAUAUAGGUCUGUUUGGUGGAAGAGCCAGAUUAGUUUCUCUGUGUUUGAAGAGAGUAUCAGUUUCUGCAAGAAUGGUGAUAAAUAGGUUCUCUUUAUGUCGUUAUGUAGAGAAAAUUCUAAAACAUAAUGAAUAGUGUCUUCCAAAACUCCUAGACAAGAUGGGCAACAUCUUUUAGCCCUUGGAAUGGCUAAAGGCAUCUGUUCAGUACUAAGUCUAGUCAAAGAAGAUCACCAUUUAUUGUUGAGAUCCAGCUGUAAAUACCUUUCUCCCCCCUCAAUCUAAUUUCCAAAGAGUAUAUAAAAGGUCAAUACAAGUAGCCCUAUCCGCUGCAAAAUCAUUCUGCCUGGCAAUAUCUUGUGACCUCUGAAAAACCUGAACUUUGUCUAUAGGGAAGAAAAAUCUUUCAUUGUCUUUGGCUUUAGUAUCCCAUCCCAGAAACUGCAAAAUUACGGGAAAGAAAACUAAAUCGUGGAGAUUGAAGAGAAACAAUUUAAGCAGAUGAGAUGGUAGAAGAGGCAAGAUUUUAAACUAAAAUCCCACCAUUCUAAUAUAUUAAUUAAAAUAGAAUCUAGUCCCAUCUCUAAUCUCAAAAAAGAUGCAGGUGUUGAAGGAAGAAGACCAAGAAGAGCCCUAAGAAACUUGUUCUGAGGUAUGUCUACAUCAUUACUGGUGGCAUAACCCUAUACUUCAGCGCUAUAUGGCAUCUGAGAUGCAAAUUUGACUUUAUAUGCUGAUAUAGGAGCUUGGACUGAUAGCCCUUCUGUGGUCUCAUAAAAUUUCUUUAUAGCCGCAGCCAAUUGGGCUGCUUUAGUUUUAACUGACUGAAUAUGGUGUUUCCAUGAUGGAAAAGCUGUAAAUAUUGCACCCAGAUACCUAUAGGUUUUAACAACUUCGACUUUGAUGAAAUGCCAUGGAACAUGGGGGGGAACCAAACGGCUUCCCCAACACAUUAUUUUGGAUUUAUCAUAAUUUAUUUUUAAGUUGUUUUGUCCACCAAGAUGCACAAAAGUUGUAAUUGUUCUCUGUAAUCCAAUAGGGGUUCUUGGCAUUAUAACGGUGUCAUCUGCAUACAUUAAAAUAGGGAUCGGAGUUGCUAAUAAUUUGGGGAGAUGGAAAUGAGCAUCCUGCAUAUUUCCGAUAAUAUCAUUAAUGUAAAGACUAAAUAACAAGGGGGCCAAGAUACAUCCUUGUCCAACACCUUUUUGUAUCUGAAAUUUGUAUGAGUUUGCCCCUGAAGCCCCACCUAACUUGUGCUCAUCUAUCUUUAUAAUAUUCUAUCAGCAGGUGCAAUAGAGGGGUCAAUCCCAUAAUUCAACAGUUUCCCCCAAAGUUUACUUCUGUCUAUACUGUCAAAAGCUCUUAACAGAUUGUGGUGAAGUAGGACUCCCCGACUAGCCACUGUGCUAGUUUUCUUCACUUGCCCUUGGGCAUUCCCCCUACCUGACUUGCCUGCCAUUCCUUGUUGUUAAUUAAUUAAGGCAGGAGGCUGCCCAUUCUUGCCCUGAUGCCAGGGGGUGCUAUAUGCGGCUCCAUUCCUCCCCUACACUGCAGCCCAAGCCUUGCAGAUGGCAUCCAGAUGACACCGUGCUCCCGGCUCACUGCUGGACCACGCUUAGGCCUUGUUGUCAGGCCUCAGACACUCACAUUCAUACCACCCUCCUCUCACACUCCACCCCCUGUCACAGGGUCUCUUUCAUGCAUCAACAACUUAUGCUACCUUGCUCCCUCUUGGAGUGGGCCCCUUAGGCCAUAGGCUUAGCUAGUUCGUACCUUGGGUGGCAGACGUACCGUCUUUUGGGCCUCUUCUGUGACCCUGACCGGGGUAGUGGCCAGCCAGUUACCCGACCAGGUCUAACCUUGCUCUGGCCCCUUCCAGGGGCAACUCUAUACAUAUAAACAUACUGGGCACUCAGCCCUCUGGUUUUCCUUCCCCCCACUGGGGCUCCUCAUCUCCACCCCCUUUCUGGGGCCACCCCUCACCAGGGCAUUCUUAUCCCACACCAUGACUGGUGCUCCAGGCUCUCAUGGGGACUCUCACUCCCCGUGUCAUUGUGCUCCACUAUAGGUCUUGCUUUCAACCCACACUCAGCAUCCCAGCAGUGGAAGACUUACUGGGGUCAGAACAUGCCCCUCUCUCUCAGACUGAGCCCCCUUACUUGGCCUGUGGCCCAAGCCACAGCCUCAGGCAUCUGGAGACAUACCUAGGCCUACUUUCCUCACUUGGAGCUCCACACUGCCCCCUUCACUUGGGCUUCUUAUCUCCACCCCCUCACUUGGGGCUCCAUAUCACCCCCUCACUUGGGGCCACGGAGCUUCCCUCCCCAGUGGGCUUAGGUGGCCAUAAUCAUGCCUGGCCCCAAAUACCUCCAAUGUUACAUAAACCUACCUGAAGGCAAGGGCUUGAGGUUAAAGCGCCCCUACCCACCUUUCUCUGGGGUGGUAACUGGCUUGGCAUUUCCUGGGGGCUCCCACACCACUGAGAGCCCCACCAGGCCACCCACUCCCGGCAGGGUGCAGUUUUAGGUCAGGACCAGGACCAGGACCCUCCUAGCCAUCCCCUACAGCUCCUGCCCUUACCUCCAGGAUGUUAUAGAGCCUUGCAGCCAGGCACACUGCGUGGCCUGCCAGCAGUGAACUGCCCUGUUUAUAUAGGCGGCCAGGGAUCUAAAAUGGCUGCCGCAAUCAAGCACCUGCUGGCUGCUUGGCUCCACUCUUAAAGUGGCAGGCACCCACAGUGCCCUGUCACACAGAUCAACAAAUGCAACAUACAAUGCUGAUUUGCGCAUUUGCAUAUAUUUGUGUCUCAAACUGAAGAAUAAAUAUGUUAUCAAUAGUGGAAUAUCCGUCCUUGAAUCUGGUCUGAUGUUCAAGUAAUAUGUUGUAUCCUUUUACCCAUGCUAUGAGAUGGUAUAACAAAUGGUGCCCAAAAAUUUUAGUUGAAACUUCCAUUAAACUUAUAGGGUGAUAUGA